CGUCUUCAUACACGGUCUUAACUACCACACACUUUUGAAGACUUCCAUCAUCGACUCAAUGUGUGUGUAUGUUUUACGACCCACCGGAGAAGCCCACCCCCGUGUCAGGGUUCGUAGUGGGGGCAUAAAGUGGGCCAAUGAGGGGUCUCUGUGGUGUAAAAGCUGCUGUUAACAGAGAAAGACGACAGGAAGUGUCAAGUCAGUCUCCACGAACAUCAGGCAGCUUGGAAGGUCUUCGCGCUCUUUAAAAAAAAAAAACACUGAAUUAAACGAUGGCUCACCUCUGCAUCUUCCUGCUGGUCGCCUCGGUGGUGGCUGAGCCUAUGAACAACAGCCUUGAGGAAAAUGAAGUCCUUACAAGCACACAACCAGACCUCAUCAAGAUCCAAGACCAGUUGACUGAAAACCUCAUUGGAAUCCUCAGUGAGCCUACUCCAACUCACACACCUACUACAGUGGAUACUUUCAAUACUACAAGUGUUAGCCAAGCGUCCACUGCGCCCGCUAUCCAGGCCUCCAGUCUCGCUCCUCUGUGUCCCGGCAACCAGGUGAGGCUAGGGGGCAGCUCGGAGUGCAGCUGCCCAUCAUCCAACAUGCUGAAGGAUGCCGAUGUCUGCACCUGCCUCCUGGGCUUCAGUGCAGCGGGAUGUAAAGACAUUGAUGAGUGUGCAGAAGAGGAGCCGUGCGGUCCUCACGCCAGCUGCACCAACACCCCUGGCUCAUACUCGUGUAGCUGUCACCGUGGUUACAUGGCGGGCGGUGGAGGGUGCCAGGAUAUAGACGAGUGUGCUCUGGCGGAACUGACGGGCCUGCAGGCCUGCAAGGACAAUGCACAGUGCACAAACACCCCUGGUUCCUUCACUUGCUCCUGCCUGGUGGGAUAUGUCAUGGCCCUGGAUGGACUAAACUGUGAAGACGUGGACGAGUGUAGCUUCGAGGAGCUGUGUAGCCGUGAGCUGGGAACUGUGUGCCUGAACAGCCCGGGUAGUUUUGAGUGUCAGUGCCGGCCAGGAUUCAAAGCAGAGGCCCCGGUUUGUGUUGGUGCUAUGUGUCCAAACGUCACCAAAUGUCAAGAUGUGGAUGAAUGCUUGGAGAGUCCCACCGUGUGUGAGGGUCGCGGGGUUUGUGAGAACACGCUCGGGAGUUACAAGUGUGUGUGCCCGCCCGGUUACCGGGGAAACGGCACACACUGUGAAGAUAUGAACGAGUGCGCAUCAGGUGUUCAUGGCUGCGACGUUAACGCUCGGUGCGGCAACAUCAUUGGCUCAUACUUCUGCCAGUGCUACCAGGGCUUCAAUGGAGAUGGACAUACUUGCUUUGAUAUUGAUGAGUGUGCUGUUGAUAAAGGACACUGUGACCACAACUGUACCAAUCAACCGGGAGGGUACACUUGCCAGUGUGCCUCUGGCUACCAGCUAAGCCAGGAUGAACGUAAAUGCACAGACGUAAACGAGUGUUUGUCCUUGAGUGGAAUCUGUGCACACAUCUGUGACAACAUUCCGGGAUCUUACCGGUGCUCUUGCAGGCCCGGCUACCAGCUUCACAUAGACAGUCACACCUGUGUAGACGUCGAUGAAUGCAAACUCCAGAACGGCGGCUGCUCCCACACCUGCAGCAAUUCUCCAGGGGGGCACGAUUGCCACUGCCCUCCUCCUCUGCUGCUACACACGGACAACUUCACCUGCAGCAACGUCACAUCUUGUAAACUAAGAAACGGCGGUUGCGAGCACGUGUGCGCGACCGGGGCUGAGGGCCACGUCCAGUGUAGCUGCCGCGCUGGGUGGAAGCUGAGCGAGGACCAGAGAAGCUGCGUGGACGUGGACGAGUGCGGAGACUUUACAAACGGAGGCUGUGAGCAGCUCUGUAAGAACCACGCGGGAGCCUUCAACUGUACCUGCAGGGAAGGCUAUCAGGUUCAAACAGACGACCGCACCAAGUGCCAGCCUGUGUGUGACCCUCCCUGUCGGAACUAUGGAGUGUGCGUGGCGCCAAACAGCUGUGACUGUCCUCCGGGAUACCCUGGCCUUGGCUGCUCAGCCAUGUGCUCCCCUCCUUGUGCGCAUGGAGGCACAUGUAUGCGCUGGAACAAGUGUCUGUGUCCUUCAGGCUGGACUGGAGAAGGCUGCCAUACGGCCGUGUGCGAGCUGCCGUGCGCUAACGGUGGUCGCUGUGUGGGCCCCGAUACCUGCCAGUGUCCUUCUGACUACACGGGCCCCCAGUGCCUCCUGCCCUUGUGCACACCCGCCUGUCAAAAUGGCGGUAGAUGCGUGGACGUGAAUAAAUGCACGUGUGUCAGCGGAUGGCAUGGAGCUCGUUGCCAAAUAGAGCCUGUUCAGUGUCAGAAACCUUGUCAAAACGCUGGCGUGUGCGAAGGUCUCAACAGGUGUCGCUGUCCCAAAGGGUUUAUCGGACGUCUCUGUGAAACAGCCGUGACUACCCCCUGUGUGCCGCCAUGCCAGCACGGCGCCACCUGCAGUCCUCACAACACUUGCACCUGUCCGGAGGGCACGGCGGGCCUGCGCUGCGAGAGACUGACUUGCCCGGUGGUCACCACUGUGGUCAGCAUGGCUCGAGCAGUGAGAAAAGCCUUCAAGGAGAGCUACGUUGACCGUUGUGGACCCUUGGGGAUUCAGCUUUGCACCAAAUACAGGAUGAACCAAGCACGCGUGUACCUGCAAGCCUACAGGGUGGGCUACAAAAUCCAGUGUCCAGGGAAGCAAAGCGCUGUUUAAUAAACACCUGUUUUGCAGCAUUUCAGUCAAGGUUUAGGCAGAUUUCAGUCAGUUUAAACACGGAAAGAAGACAACUUUAGGCUUAAACCUUAAAGUAAAAGGGAUAAUAAUCUUUUAUUAGGAAGUCUGGGGUUCCCUGCUUAAGCUGCUGCCUCCGCGACCCGAUCUCGUAUAAGCGGAAGAAGAUGGAUGGAUGGAGGUUUAAGUAACGUUUUUGUUCUUCACUGGUCAAACAUAUGCUUUUUUUUGUCUAGUUUGAGCCCUGGUGGUGUAUUGGUACAUGCUGUUACCUUUUUUUUAGCAGGUGGUGCCGGUUUGAUUACCGAAUAAGUGCAAGAGUUGCUUUGGGCAAAGUAAGCCUUCAGUCUGAUUAUACAAUUAAAUUGCAUGUACGUACAGUAUUACUUGUAAUACUGAUAUUGCACAUGCUCUUACCGUGCUACUUACACUUUGCCUAAGAAUGUGCUUUAAAUAACCAAUAUAUUUACAAUUCAGUUUAGUUUUUUUUGGUUGACCCUGCACUUUAUGACAUACAUACAUACUUCAAAGUACAACACAUUUGGCCAAUGAAAGCUUUGUGAUCACACUUAUUGUAACAACAGGUGUGAAUCCUCUCAAAUAUUUUCUACAACACUCAGUGAAGUCAACUCGAUAUUGUGUUUGAUAUUUUUUUCCGUUUUACUACCCCCAAGUGGUGACAUGUUACAGAAGCCCUUUAACAGUGUUUUUAUUUGAGUAGUACCUAUUCUAGCCACACGGAAGUAGCAAAGAGUAAAUAGGGCUGUGAAUCUUUAGGUGUCCCACGAUUCGAUUCAAUAUCGAUUCUUGGGGUCGCGAUUCUAUUCAAAAUCGAUUUUUUUUUUUCAAUUCAACACGAUUCUCGAUUCAAAAACGAUUUUUUUCCCGAUUCAAAAGGAUUCUCUACUCAUUCAAUACAUAGGAUUUCAGCAGGAUCUACCCCAGUCUGCUGACAUGCAAGCAGAGUAGUAGAUUUUUGUAAAAAGCUUUUAUAAUUGUAAAGGACAAUGUUUUAUCAACUGAUUGCAAUAAUGUGAAUUUGUUUUAACUAUUAAAUGAACCAAAAAUAUGACUUAUUUUAUCUUUGGGAAAAUAUUGGACACAGUGUGUUGUCAAGCUUAUGAGAUGCGAUGCAAGUGUAAGCCACUGUGACACUAUUGUUAUUUUUUAUUUUUUAUUUUAUAAAUGUCUAAUGAUGUCAAUGAGGGAUUUUUAAUCACUGCUAUGUUGAAAUUGUAACUAAUAUUGAUACUGUUGUUGAUAAUAUUCAUUUUUGUUUCACUACUUUUAGUUGGUUCUGUGUCGUGUUUGUGUCUCCUCUCAAUUGCUCUGUUUAUUGCAGUUCUGAGUGUUGCUGGGUCGGGUUUGGUUUUGGAAUUGGAUUGCAUUGUUAUGGUAUUGCUGUGUAUUGUUUUGUUGGAUUGAUUAAUAAAAAAUAAAAUAAUAAUACUUCAAAAAUAUAUAUAUUAAAAAAAUCGAUUUUUUUAAAAAUGAGAAUCGAUUCUGAAUCGCACAGCGUGAGAAUCGCGAUUCGAAUUCGAAUCGAUUUUUUCCCACACCCCUAGUCGAUAUUGUGUUUGACAUUUUUGCCCUUUAACAAGUGUUUUUAUUUGAGUAGUACCUAUUCUAGCCACACGGAAGUAGCAAAGAGUAAAUAACAAAUUAAAAACACCUCUGUAUUUCAUAGUGAAAGAACUCAAG